AUGUCCAGAGCCGCCGUUCGCCAGGGCCUACAUACUGCGCGCAGCGAAAGACGCUCGCUGCGGGUGCUUGCGGCGGGGGAGCGCAAAGACGAGGCGGGGUCGGCGGGCGAGGGGAAGGACGCGGAGAAGGUUCCGGGGUGGGCGCAGCCCGGGAGCGGGGAGCUGCCGCCGUGGGCGCGCGCCGAGGCGCAGCGCGACAAGCCGUUUGAAGUGCCUUUCUGGGCGUACCUCCUCGCGUCCGUCCUCGUCGCCAUCGCCGCGGUGGGGUCCAUCUUUGAGUUCACGGCGGGCAACCCGCUGUUCGGCGUGGUGAGCAGCGACAGCCCGCUGUGGGCGCCCACGCUGCUGCUCUUCGCCACCACCGGCAUCCCCUCCUCCGGCUAUCUGCUGUAUCUGGCGAUCCAAGCUGCCAACAAGGCAGCGCGGGAGGCGGACGAGCAGGACAGGAUGUGA